AUGGCGCUUAUAGUAAUCGUCGAAGAAAGAGCUCCAGAAGAAAAGCUGGAAGACAUCUUUGGGAGAUUCCUCGGAAACCUCGACAAAGAGGAAGAACCUCUUGAAGAGGAAGAAGUGGAAAACGAGCUCGAAUUCUCUCGCGACAAAGUAAUAAGGAUUAGGAAUAUAAUAAAACGUCGGAGAACCGCUGCUUCUAGAAGGUCUGAAGGCCCCCAAAACCUAGGGAACACAACAGUUCGUAGGAUCUGCAAGGGUAAUGUAGAAUAA